AUGCCGCUGUGCUGUUCGAAGAAGGCCGCUCAGCGCCAGAAGGAGUAUGAAGAGGAAGUUCGUAUGCGCAAGCAAGAGGAAGCCGCUCGCAUUGAAAAGGAGCAGCGCGAGCGCGAAGAUGCGCGCAAGGCCGAGAUUGAGCGCAUAAUGCAGGAGGAAAAGCAGGCGAAACUUAUGCAGCAGUACGCGGAAGAGGAAAUGGCCGAGCAGGAGAGGUUGAAGCAAGAGCAGGAGGCCUUGGAAGCUCAAAGACGAGCUGAACAGGAGGGUAUGAUGGGAGACGGUAUGGGAGGGGACAUGGAGGACCACGAGCAGUAUGAGGAUGCACAAUCGAUGAGUAAAAUGGCUUCCGGUGUCUCGCGUGCUUCGAUGGAUGCUACUGGGGCUGUCCAGUCAGAAGGCCCUGGUAACCAGGACGACUCGUUCGAGAUGCAAACGUACACGCCGUUUGACAUGACCACGGUUGAUCAAACCGCACGCUACGUCGCCAACAAGUGCGGUUGCGCGUUGAAGCCUGAACACAAGCCCUUCGAGUGUGCCAUAUGCCAAGGAAUUGACCUGUCCGACGCCCCGCUUAUUGCCUAA